AUGCAGCAAAGCUCAAACUCUCCUCCGACCCCCCAUCACAAUGCCCAUGCCCACCGUACGCUGCCAAAGCAAGCCCAUCCUCCGACCGAGACAACCCACCACUACGAAUCCCAACCUCGAACCUCGUACACACAUACCCGUCACACGAGUUCCAACUCCACUGCCCCCAGCUCUGCUCACUCCACCCACUCUCACUCCCACCCGCUGAACACACCCUUAGUCGUCCUCUCCACCUCCGUCACAAAGCCACACCCCGCGUACGCACACAGGCACUUCGCCAGGCACGCAGCUUCCCGAAUCAUCGAGCGCAGCCGAAAACCCCUCGUCUCCAGUCGAGCCCUUCCCCUCCCAGAAGUCCCCAUCACAUCCCCUAUCAACACAGACAGCACGCCACCCGUCUUCACCAUCGUGUCCACUAGCAGCCUCUGCUCACACCCCAGCACCCCCACAUCAUCCUGCUGCAGCAAAGACAGAAGCCCUAAAACAGAGUGCAUGGGCCUUCGCAGCCCGUCACUCAUCACCCGCUCGAAAGUCGCCCUAGCCCGAUUCGCCAUCAACGCAUCCAUCCUCGACUGCUCCAACGCCAGAUUCUGCUCCGCCAGCCUGUCGCGCAUGCUCUGCGACUCCUCCAGCACGGCCGCGUGCGAAACCGCCACCGCCACCUGGUCCGUUACCGCCUCCACGAUCCCGACCUCCUGCGGGCCCCACGACCUCCUCGCCAAACCCUCCUCCCCACCGCUCGGCACCCGUCGAGCACCCGAACCCCUCCGCCCUUCUUCACCUCGAGCACGUCCGGGUCGCCGUAGGGAAUCACGGAUGACGACGAGCUCGAGAACGUCCGCCCGCGCACCUUGUGGGUGA